AUGGGUAAAACUCAGAAGAAAAAUAGUAAAGGUCGUUUAGAUAGAUACUAUUAUUUAGCUAAAGAAAAAGGUUACCGUGCUCGUUCUUCAUUUAAAAUCAUUCAAAUUAAUGAAAAAUAUGGUCAUUUCUUAGAGAAAUCCAAGGUAGUUAUCGAUUUAUGUGCUGCUCCAGGUUCGUGGUGUCAAGUUGCCUCCAAAUUAUGCCCCAUCAAUUCCUUAAUUAUUGGUGUUGAUAUUGUCCCAAUGAAGCCUAUGCCAAAUGUCAUUACUUUCCAAAGUGAUAUUACGACUGAAGACUGUAGAUCUAAACUUAGAGGUUAUAUGAAGACCUGGAAAGCUGAUACUGUUUUACAUGAUGGUGCUCCAAAUGUCGGUCUUGGCUGGGCUCAAGAUGCUUUUACCCAGUCUCAUUUAACAUUACAAGCUUUAAAAUUAGCAGUUGAAAAUUUAGUUGUUAAUGGUACUUUCAUCACCAAGGUAUUCAGAUCAAAGGAUUAUAAUAAACUUAUCUGGCUAUUUCAACAGUUUUUCGAAAAAGUUGAAGCUACAAAACCACCAGCUUCAAGAAAUGUUUCUGCAGAAAUUUUUGUUGUUUGUAAAGGUUUUAAGGCUCCAAAAAGAAUAGACCCAAGGUUAUUAGAUCCAAAGGAAGUUUUUGAAGAAUUACCAGAUGGUCCACAAAAUAUGGAAUCUAGGAUCUAUAACCCAGAAAAGAAGGUGAGAAAGAGACAGGGUUAUGAGGAAGGUGACAAUUUAUUGUAUCAUGAAACGGAUAUUUUGGAAUUUGUCAAAACUGAAGACCCAAUUUCUAUGUUAGGUGUAAUGAAUAAAUUUACAUUUGAUAAAAAUAAUACUGAAUGGCAGAUUUUAAAGAAAAUGAAACAAACUACAAAAGAAUUUUUAAGCUGUAUAGAGGAUUUAAAGGUUUUAGGUAAGAAAGACUUUAAAAUGAUUUUAAAAUGGAGAAAAUAUGCCAGAGAAUUAUUAGAUAUCCAAGAUGAAAGUGAAGUAGUUAAAGAAGAAAUUACUGUUGAACCAAUGACAGAGGAAGAACAAAUCGAGAAAGAAUUACAAAAUUUACAGGAGAAACAAAGAUUAAAGAAUAAACGUGAAAAGAGAAAGAAGAAUGAACUUAAACAAAAGGAGUUAACAAGAAUGCAAAUGAAUAUGCUGACACCAAAGGAUAUUGGUAUCGAUGCUGCAAGCAUUGGUAAAGAUUCCUUAUUUAAUUUAAACACAGCUGAGAAAACUGGUAUUUUGGAUAAGAUUGCUAAGGGUAAGAAGAGAAUGGUAUUUACAGAGGAUCAAUUAUUGGAAGAUAAUGAUAUUCAUAUUGAUGAAACUUUAGUCACCGAACGUGAUGAUCUAAGUAAUUUAGACGAUUUGGAAAGUGAGAUGAAUAUGAUGUAUAAUGAAUAUAAAGAAAGAAAAUCGGAAAGAGAUGCCAAGUUUAGAGCAAAACAAGCUCGUGGUGGUGAUCACGAAGAGGAAUGGACAGGUUUUACUGACAAUCAACCAGAUGGUGAUGCAAAUGAAGAUAUUGACUAUUCAGAUGCGUAUGUAGAAGAAGAUGAAGCAUCCGACAUAUCUGAUUCAGAUGAUGAUGAAGCAAUUAAUAAUUUAAUUAGUAAAUUAAAAAGUCAAUCUGAAGAUGAGAAAGGCAAACUAAGUAACAAAGCUAAAAUGUUAUUCAACGAUCCAAUUUUUGAAAAUGUUUCAGCUGACUUACCAGGUAUGGAACCGAUUGGAAAAGGUAAAGGUAAAUUUAAUGUUAAUGAUGUUGGUUCUGAAGCUGUUGGUGAUAUUUCCAAAUUAGGAAGAAAAAGAAAUCAUUCCGAAAUGUCAAUAUCGACUGGAGAUAAGAAAAGUGAUAAUAACUCUGAAUCUGACAGCAGUGAUGCUGAAAGUAAUAGUGACAACGAUUUUGAAAUUGUUGCUAAUGAUAGUGCUAACACUGAUUUAAAUGAUAUAAUGGAUUCUGAUUAUGAUUCUGAAGAAGAAAGAAAACAAACCAAGAAAAGUAAGCAUUCUAAAGAAAUUGAUAUUGCUACUGUUGAAGCAAUGACAUUAGCACAUCAAUUAGCAUUAGGCCAAAAGACAAAACAUAAUAUGAUUGAUGAAGGUUUCAAUAGAUACACAUUCCGUGAUACAGAAAAUUUACCGGAAUGGUUUGUUGAAGAUGAGAAGCAACAUUCUAAGAUCAAUAGACCAAUAACUAAAGAAGCGGCUAUGGCAAUUAAAGAGAAGUUACGCGCGUUGAAUGCUAGACCAAUUAAGAAGGUAUCUGAAGCUAAAGCUAGAAAGAAGAUGCGUGCUGUUGCAAGACUAGAGAAGAUCAAGAAGAAGGCUGGUUUAAUUAAUGAUGACAAUGAUAAAUCUGAAAGAGACAAGUCUGAAGAAAUUGCUAAAUUGAUGCGUAAAGUUACCAAGAAGCAAAGAUCUAAGCCUAAGGUUACAUUGGUUGUUGCUGCAGGUAGUAACAAAGGUUUAUCAGGUAGACCUAAGGGUAUUAAAGGUAAAUAUAAGAUGGUUGAUGGUGUUCUGAAGAACGAACAAAGAGCAUUGAAGAGAAUUGCUAAGAAACAUCAUAAGAAGAAAAACUAA